CUGGUCAAGAAUAUGACGGAUCCAAGUUUUGGGGAGUCAAAACGGGCUCUGAUUAACGACACAACUACUUUCGGGUCUGCCUACUACCAUCCAAUGUUUAGCAGUCCCUGGGACCACGGUACGUCACAUCUUUCAGUUCUGGGACCGAACGGGGAUGCCGUGUCUAUUACCAGUACCAUCAAUUUACAUUUUGGAUCAAAGGUUAUUGGUAGACGUACAGGAAUUGUUUUCAAUGACGAAAUGGACGACUUUUCAACACCAGGAAAAAAUAAUUAUUUUGGCGUUCCGCCGUCUGCUGCCAAUUUUAUAUCACCGUGGAAACGUCCUCUUUCAUCAAUGAGUCCUAGCAUAGUUGUGGAUGGAAACGGAGAUGUCAAAUUAAUAGUAGGCGCUUCUGGUGGGACAAGAAUAACAACUUCAACAGCACAGGUUACCAUGGAAACGUUAUGGUUCAACUGGGGUAUAAAAGAAGCGAUAGACUAUCCGCGCAUACAUCAUCAGCUAUUUCCUCAAGAAGUCAGGGUGCAAUCAGGAUUCCCGUCGGUUAUGAUAGACGGAUUGCGGGACAUGGGUCACAAUGUGACAAUAUAUGAGAGCGCUUCAGCUGUUGUACAGGGAAUACUCAGAGUCGGGGACCAAAUAACAGCUAAUUGUGAUUACAGAAAACAUGGGGAACCAGAUGGAUAUUAACCACAAAUACCAAUUCCAAAAGCCAUACAUCAUCCAUAAACAUAUUCCUGGCAGCUACAGUGCUGUGCCAAAACGUUAUAAUCAAAUUACUAAGAAAAAUACAUUUGCAAUUAUCUUUGUAUUCUGAAGUGCAUUACAGAAAAAAACGUAAACGUGCACCGCAAUAUGGGACAUAAUACCCUUUUAUAGUCUUUCCUCUGUACAAAGGGACCUGUUUGAUAAAUAAACACGUUUUGCUUUUGAAAGUAUUACGUUUGUUUCUUUCACUGGAUUAAUAAAUAUCAUAAUCGCAUUUUGUGGUUUAGACACGGCAAAUAGGAUACCAUUCCAGUGAGAGUGUUAUUGAAACUUGAAAGCAAAUUAAGCAGUAAAAAAGAUAUUCAGACUGCUAUGACUUUAUAUCAUUUUACGGUUCGGUGCGUAUGACAUAAUGCUCAUACCCCCGUAGCACUGUCAUCCAUUCAUGGUGCUUAAUUUAAUGUCGGAUUAAUAGUAAGGAAUUUACGUCGUCAAGUGAUCAUAGCAUUGUAUAAUGCUGCCACUCACAGAAAUGUACAAUAUAGGAACAGUCCGCGCUUCCUCUAAUGAUGUAACUAUAAACAGCUCACACGAUCCUGACCUUUUGACCUGGAAUAUAUUACGGACAUACAAUUUAAUGCAAGGCAGCAAUUUUUCAUAGCUUGAAAAAUUUAAUCCCAAACGCAGUCAAGCAAACACUUCUGAACAAACUUGAAAAAGGUCCAUAUUAUGUUGUUACCGAUCAACUCUGGAGAACAUCCAUCAAGUCGACUACACUAUCAACAUAAUUAUUGCAUAGGACACUGUGACAAAACAUUGGCAGAGAGUUUGAGUGUGCUGUAC